AUGCUUGAAGAUCCGCAACUCGUCAUCCUUGUUCGCUCCCUUGCGCCACCGCCCCUUGCUCCUGAUAGUCAGAUCCUGCAAGAGCAGCUCCAAAUCAAAUUUGUAUAUACUCACAGAGAGAUUUUGUGCUUCACAUUUAUCCUGUCUAUUUGUUGA